AUGCCUGGAACACCUCCAACAGGAGACUCUGUCAGGCUGGUGGAUGGGACCAGUCUGUGCUCAGGCAGACUGGAGGUGAAGUCUAACCAGAGGUGGUCCUCAGUGUGUGAAGCUGACUUUGACCAGCAGGAUGCAGAGGUGGUCUGUAGGGAGCUUGGCUGUGGGGCUCCUUCAGUCCUCCAGGGGGCGCUCUAUGGAGAAGUGGAGGCUCCAAUGUGGACCAAAGAGUUCCAGUGUGGAGGCCAUGAGUCUGCUCUCCUGGACUGUAGAAGCUCAGACUCAAAUAGAAACACCUGCUCACCUGGCAAAGCUGUUGGACUCACCUGCUCAGAGCCUGUCAGGUUGGUGGGAGGAGACAGUCACUGUGCAGGAACACUGGAGGAUCCGACACCUUUUAUCAUGAAAGCGGCCAUGCUGCCGCUGAUUCUGCUGUUGGUGAUCACUGCCCUUUUCUUCUACUGUAAGGCCAGCAGGAGGAAGGGGAACUAUGGGCUGGAUAACUGUAACCUGGGUGUUUCUGCAGCUAAAAGAGAGUCAACUGAAGAGGAAGGAACUCAGUGA